AUGGCUGCCUGGGCUACAGAUAUCGCACCCUCACACCAACAUGUGAACCGAGAGAAGCACAAAGAUCUGAGCACAAUUGAAACUGAGGUCAAUCAAGUUAGACCCCAAGGACAUUUUUUGGCAACAGUGAAGGGGGUAAACCAACAGGUCAUGCAAAAGAACUUCAAAUCCCCAACUUCUGUUCUUCAGUUUGAGAGCAAAAGCAACCCUAUUGUGACUAGAAAUGGGGGUUGUUUUCUAGUUAGGCAUACCCCUCAUCCCAGAAGAGUCUGCCAUAUCAAAGGUUUGAAUAACAUUCCGAUCUGUACUGUGAAUGACAAUGAGCUUGCUCUCGGAGCCCUGUAUGGUGUUAGCCAGUUUGACCAGUUAGAGAAGGAUGAGAUACCACUUGCCAAAUGCAAUUAUCCACCGAGUCCUGCUGCCCCAGAGAGUCCUGUCAGAGGAGUGUCACCAGCCCAAAGCAGAGUCAAAAUGCCCCCAAGACCUCAUUCAGAGCCCUGCAGAAAACUCAAUGAGUGCUUCAAAACUUCCAGUGAAAAUCCCUUAGUAAUUAAAAAGGAAGAAAUUAAGGUUAAAAAGUCACCAUCACCUCCAAAUGCAUGCUAUACUGCUGGAUCCUGCUCUUCAGAGGCAAUGAGCACCAAGGCUGAUGUCAAAGAGAACACUGUUUGCAUACCAAACUAUCUGGAUCAAGAAAUAAAGAUCUUGGCAAAGCUCUGUGACAUUUUACAUACUGAUUCUCUGGCAGAAGUUACACAGUGGCUGCUUCAUGCAAGUACAAAAGAAAAAGAGUGGAUCUCAGCUUUGAUUCAUUCUGAGCUGGCUGAGAUACAUCUAUUGAGUCGCCGCAGAAGAAACACCCCAGUGGAACCAGCAGGAGAGACUGGGAAGCCAUCUGCAGUUAAAUCACCCACUACGAUCAAGUCUCCCUCAAAUUCACCUGCAAAGUCAAAGGUGCUGACUGGAGCUAAGGAUGGAUAUCAACCAACCAGAGCAUCAAGCCAAGAAUCUGCAGGAAAUAAGGAAGUAGCAAAAGGAGCUGAGAACAAGACCCCAUUGUUUAUAAGAAAAAACAACCUGAAAAUACCUAUUGCAGAAUAUUUCAGCAAACCAAAGUCUCCUUUCAGGUCUAAUAAUCAGGAGAGUUAUAUUAUUGGGUCAGCAAAACCAAUGUCUGCAAGGAGUAUACAAGGAUACAAUCUUUGUCCUCAAAACUGGUCUUAUCCUUUAACAUACCAAAGGUAG